AUGGCAGAUGGUGCAUUCCGGUUCCAUCAGCCUGGAGCCGGGCAAUAUUAUCCCACCCAGCACAACAACCAUCGUAACCAGAACCGGCCGAGCUCCCCAUCGGGCGCACGAAGACCUUUCACCAACGACACACCUUCUCCGUCAAGAUCGCCAGUGAAUCACUCGCUCGGCCACAACUUCAACAUGUACGCCCAGAACGGAUACCAGGGACAGCAUGGCCUGAUGAACGGAGCGCAGAAUCAUCAACGUUAUGGAAACAUGCAUCUGUCAAAGUACCAGCAGCCGCACCAUGCUCACCACAAUGUCAACCAACACCACGCGCAGCACCAUCACGGCGGACAGUUGGGCCACCAGCACAAUCUCUCCUCUGGCGGCUUCCAAUCUGCGACCCCUCAUCUGCCCACCUACGCUCACGAGCAUCUGCCCAACGGUAACGGUAAUGGGAUGCCUCACGACGAUGUGGACGAGCCGGACAACGAGCACUGGCGGGAACAAAAACAGUUUUGGGAAGAAAGCAAAGAUCUCAACGGGCCGAAUCAGCGGGCGCGCACGGUGGCGCAUCAUUCGAAAGGCGUCAACUUUGUCCCUUUGGGUGCGGCUGCGGAGGACAUGAACACAGACAAUGCCCGCAUUGCAACGUCGAACGGACAGAUCACCAGCCGACAGACAUGGGACGAACUAGAUCUGGGCGGCCAAGGUCUCUGCGCGCUCUCUCCCGUGCUCUUUAACCCCUCGUACCAUUUCCUGAAACGUCUCGAUCUCGUAUAUAAUCAGCUAGAAUCGCUUCCCCCGGAGAUUGGACGAUUGAAGAAUCUCGAGCAUCUCGACGUCUCUUUCAAUCAACUGACAGAACUGCCUGAAGAGAUCGGCAUGCUCACGAACCUCAAACAGCUUCUCCUCUUCAAUAACCAUAUCCAGACACUCUGCUAUGAACUUGGAUUCUUGUACAAGUUGGAGGUGCUUGGUGUCUAUGGCAACCCCUUGGAGCAAGGCCAGCGCGACAAGAUCACCGAAGGUGGAACACGAAAAUUGAUCGAGUAUCUCAGAGAGAGCAUGCCAGAACCUCCCCCUCCGCGAGAACGAGAAUGGCAUCAGCUAGAAGAGAUCGACGGCGACGACCCGAAUCAGGAUACCAUCAAAGUAUUGAACUACAACAUCCUGUGCGACCGUUAUGCGACACAGCAGCAGUAUGGCUAUGUCCCGGAGCGCGUUUUGACUUGGGGCUUCCGCAAGACAUUGAUUCUAGAGGAAAUUCGAGAGAUGAAUGCCGAUAUAGUCUGUCUGCAAGAAUUGGAUCGAAACAGUUACGACGACUUCUUCCGCGGGGAAUUGUCCAUUUCCGGCUACAAAGGUUACUACGCUCAGAAGAGUCGGGCCGAGACUCUCGGUGAUUCCGCCAAGUUUGUUGACGGGUGUGGCACCUUCUGGAAAGACAAGAAAUAUGUCGUGCUGGACACUCAGCAUCUUGUUCUUGGACGAAAAGCGGUGGAGCGUCCAGGUGCAAAGGCCUCGGCAGAUAUGCUCAAUCGAGUCUGGCAGAGAGACGACAUUGCAACUGUCGUCUUCCUCGAGAAUCGUGUGACCGGGUCUCGAGUAGUGGUCGUCAAUGCUCACAUCUACUGGGAUCCCGCAUUCAAGGACGUGAAGUUGAUUCAAGCCGCGGUUCUGAUGGAAGAGCUGUCGAAACUGACGGAUCGCUAUGCGAAGAUGCCUCCGGCGACAAACAAACAAGCUUUCCGCUUCUCUGACUCCGAGGACGACCCCUUACCCGAGCCCGGCCCGUCGCUGUCCUAUUCUACAGGUCCUCAGAUACCGAUGAUUAUUUGCGGCGACUUCAACUCCGGCGCAGGAUCAGCGGUAUACGAUCUGUUCACCAAGAAAGGUUUGACUGCUGAACACUCUGACCUGGAUGGAAGAGAUUACGGCGCCUUUUCACGUGCGGGCAUGUCCCACCAGUUCGCGCUCAAGUCCUCCUAUGCCGCCAUCGAGGGAGAGAUGCCCUUCACCAACUACACGCCCAACUUUGUCGACGUGCUGGACUACAUCUGGUACUCGAACACCUCCCUACGUGUGGUUGGUCUCCUCGGCGCAAUCGACCCCGAAUAUCUCAAGCGCGUCCCGGGGUUCCCGAACUUCCACUUCCCGAGUGACCACAUCGCCAUUGUCGCGCAGUUCAAGGUUGAGAAGCAGAGAGGCGCGCAGAAGACCAUCGAUGCGGACUUUGGACCCUCUUCCAAGAAGUAG